AACUAUUCGUUAUAGCAAUUUUCUCAGUAUGAACGUGACAAAAGUUGUGCGAGGCGCAUCCCGACUCCCCUUGACCUCAAAGCGGGCAAACAAGGACUACUACAAGGGUAGCGGACAGGCAUAUGUACCCGGCGGUGGUCAUCGAACAGGGCCUCCAGGAAAGCAUGUCAUCGGAGGGAAAGCCAAGUUCAGGGUGAUGGACGACAAGGUCCGAUACUAUGUCGGACCUGGUGCCGAGAUUCUCGACUCGACCGAUCUCAAACCUUACGUCGCCCGAAGCGUACAAACACCAGAACAGCCACAAUACACCAAAAAGAACCCUCCUAUCUCCUUCUCCCCGAACAUCCACCAUCAGCCCAUCUCAACAGUACACCCCAAGACGAACCAGCCUCUCCGGAUAAAACCUCACGAUACCAAGACGUUUGCCAAGUGGUACCGAGCAUUGUCGCACGAGGAUCGAACGAGGGUGGUAGCGGAGACGAGGAAGACGUGGUACGAGACGAUGGUAGUCAAGGGGCGAGAGGUCGUCGAGGAAGAGGCUGCGACGAGGGAGGUCGAAGCCGGUGCACAGGCAUAGAUGUGGACGGAUGUUACGGAAAGACGAGGUCGCCUACGUCGAAUGGGACAUAGCGAUGA